CUCUUCGGGCAGGCGGGAUGUAACUUCUAGCAGACCGACCAGCGGAGCAGCUGGUGGAAAGGGCUUGGCAAGCUCUUGGGGCGCAGUCGCUAUUCUUCAGGCAGCGGGGGGCUCUCCUGCUCUGAGAUCUCCAGGGUGUUCAGGCAUGGAGACCCGCCUUCCCAGACCUUGAGGGGAGCACUGAACUGCCGGAAGCCCCUUCCUAGUCCUUGGAGAAGGGGCAGGAGCUGCUACUGACUUGGCCCUGCCAGUCCCUCUGGUCCCAGUGCCAUAGUAGGGCGGGAAGGGCAAAUGGGGUGACCACCCCGGGCACCAAAGCAAAGGGGCUGCCCAGCAAGGGCAGGGCACGGGAUGGAGCUGCAAGUGGCUUGUUUGGGGAGGUGCGGGGAUGGGGAAAGGGCAGCCCCCGCCGCUGUGUGCACUCCCAGGCAAGCAUGGCGUGUGCCCCCCCCCACGUGCGUGGGGCGAGGGCAGGGUGUCACUGCAGGCUUUGGCCCUGGUGCCAAACUUUGUCUGGUCCUGUGUUUCUCUGACUGCCUUGGGUGAAGGGUCUGACACUCAGGCGGGAGCUGGUGUUCCUCUGGUCCAGUCUCUUGCCUGGCACAGAGGCAGAGUGAGUGCUGCCGAGGGGUGUAGGGAGAGCACACCCAGGCUUGUCCACUCUCAGCUCCUCUCCCAGUGCAAGCCAAGCCGUCAGGCAUGCCUUGGAAGACUGAGAACAGAAGAUCAUUUCCAGCAGUGUUCCUCUCCUAAGGUCAGGGUUAACUUCAUGUGCCAACUAUAACAUCAUGAAGAGCUAAUGGAGAGUGGCUGUGACCAAAGACAGAUGUUCUGACAACUUGGGUCUUCUGGCUUCCAUUGCACUUCUAAGUUCUCUCUCACUUGUGUAGACACUACGGACAUAGCUAGGAUGGCCUCAAACUCAGGGCUACCACCAUACUAUGAAAAUCACGGCUAUGAGCCAGAAAGGUCCUAUAAUUCUAGGCACGUUAUAGACACUAGCGGCUAUCCACAGUACAUUCCUACAAGCCAUCCUGCAUCAGUGCCACAUUAUGUUCCAAGUGUUCCUCCUCAACAUUCAGCUACAGUGGUAGUACAGCCAAAGCCUUCGUCUGAGAAACUGUGCACAUCAGGUGUUAAGAAAACCUUAUGCAUUGUCUUAGCUGUUGCAGUAAUCCUCACAGGUGCAGUAGUUGCAGCACUCCUUAUCUGGUAUUUUGUGCAGGAUCCGUGUUUUGAUUCUUCAAUAGAAUGUGGGUCUUCAGGAAAAUGUGUGCCAUUAUCCCAGUGGUGUGACGGACGCUUCGACUGUCCUAAUGGUGAAGAUGAAAACCGAUGUGUUAGGCUCUAUGGACCCAAUUUCAUUCUGGAGGUCUACUCAUCAGAGAACAAAUCCUGGUAUCCUGUAUGCGCAGAUGACUGGAAUGAUGAUUAUGGAAAGACAGCAUGUAAAGACAUGGGGUAUAAUGUAAAUACUUAUUACUCUAGUGGGAGAAUAGCAAUUGAGAAAGGAGCUAAAAGCUUUCUGAGACUGAACACAAGUGCUGGGAAUAUAGACUUGUACAAGAGAUUGUAUAACAGUGAUUCCUGUGCAUUGGGAACAGUGGUUUCUCUGCGCUGCAUAAAGUGUGGCUAUUCCAGAAACAACCUGAUGCCUAAAGGCAGAAUUGUGGGUGGAAGUGCCGCAUCACUUGGGCAGUGGCCAUGGCAGGUCAGCCUUCAUAUCCAGAACACUCAUGUAUGCGGAGGCUCCCUCAUCACCCCCGAAUGGGUAGUGACAGCAGCACACUGUGUGGAAGGACAGCUUGCAGAUCCAUCUUACUGGAAAGUUUUUGCUGGGAUUCUAACACAGGAUGAAAUGCGUCUGAGAAGCGGACACAGAGUCCAGAAAAUAAUUCCACAUCCAAAUUACAAUACAGAGACUAAAGACAAUGAUGUUGCCCUUAUGAAGUUACAGACAUCAGUGAGUUUUACAAAUUUUGUAGCACCAAUUUGUCUGCCAAACCCUGGAAUGAUGUUCCAGCCUAAUCAGUCAUGCUGGAUAUCUGGAUGGGGAGCCCUACAACAAGGAGGUAAAACCUCAAAUUUUUUGAAUGCUGUGAUGGUGCCUUUGAUAGAGCCUUCCAGAUGUAAUGCUGGGUUAGUCUAUAAUGGCCUCAUUUUGCCUACUAUGAUAUGUGCUGGAUAUCUAGAAGGACUAAUUGAUUCCUGUCAGGGUGACAGUGGAGGCCCUUUAGUAACAGCGAAGGACUCUGUGUGGUGGCUAGUUGGUGACACAAGCUGGGGAACUGGCUGUGCCACUCGCAAUAGACCUGGAGUUUAUGGAAAUAUGACCAUGUUUACGGCUUGGAUUUACAGAAACAUGCAGGUAAAGCGCUCUGCGUGGCUAUAAUGCCCUUUAUUGAGCUUAAUCAUUUAAAGUAUCAAAAGGAACACUGCAUUUUUUAAAGUUCUUUAGUUCUACUAACUGGCUUUAUGAUUUCAAAUGAGAGAGAUGCUGUUUAAUUGAAGUUAUAGUGGAUUUUUUUCUCUUUGUUGCUGUUGGAGAGUAAAUACACAUGAUACUAACCACAUUCCCUUCCCCCCACCCAUU